ACCGGAACUCUGUUUCUAGUUCCUGUUGCUGCCAACAUGGCGGCCCACAUAGAUGAGGAUAACUAUUUUGUGAGAGAAAUUGAGAAAAACGAUGGUUGUGUCUUAAAAAUGAAGCAGUGCUACCUGGGAGAUGUUGGCUGUGUGGUUUGGGACGCAGCUAUCGUUCUUGCUAAAUAUUUAGAGACAAAACAAUUUUACGAUCCGUCUGGAGGAGUGAACGUCUGGGCCGGCAAGAGUGUGGUGGAGCUGGGAGCUGGGACAGGGGUAGUUGGUCUGAUGGCAGCGACUCUGGGAGCUCAAGUUACUGUGACAGACCUGGAGGAUUUGCAGACCCUCCUGAAAGUGAACAUCAAGGAAAACCAGGCACUUAUCAGUAGUGGAUCCGCAACUGCCAAGGUACUGAAAUGGGGUGAAGAUGUGUCUGAGUUCAUGCCUCCCCCUCAUUAUGUCCUUAUGGCAGAUUGCAUCUAUUAUGAGCAGUCAAUUGUUCCGCUGGUGGAGAGCUUGAAGCUGCUCUCUGGACCAGAGACUUGCAUCAUUUGCUGCUAUGAACAGCGCACUGAAGGCGUCAACCCGAAAGUGGAAAGGCGGUUUUUUGAGUUGCUGAAACAACACUUCAACUGUGAGGAGAUCCCUUCAAACAAACAAGACCCAGAGUUUAGCAGUCCAGACAUCCACAUCCUGCACAUCCGAAGAAAAGUAUAAGUUUGUCUGGUGAAAUAUGUGUGUGCAUUAAUUAGUGUUCCACACUAAUACCACAUGAAAUUUGGACUGUGAAAGUUUAAAGUCUGUACUAGCAUGUGUAAAAUAUUCACUGUAUGAAUUCUUUUUUUAAGAAAAAUAUUUUCUUAUAUAUCAGUUAAUAUUGUCUUGGUGCAUGAUUGGAGUGAAACAAAGUUUUAAAAUGAACCCACUGUAAGAAUGAUUUUUUAUACACUAAAUCAAGUUUGGAUAAUAUCAGCAGUUUCACUGGUGUGUGUAAUUGCAGAGCUGUGAAAGUACAGUAGAUGGCAGACAUGGCAGAAUGUGAUUAUCUUUAAUAAAAAUCAGUUAAGGUAGAGUGGUCACAAACAGAGACAAGGAUGGGAAUGAACCAUGGUUUCUCAAUGUUCAUUUGGAUGUUUGAGCUCAAGGAUUUGUCUUGCAAAUGUUUGUGAUAUUUUGUUUUUAUGCAAAACACCGUUAAGCAGAUGAGAAAGUACUGACUUUACACCUCAGUUAAUGGCAAGAGACUACAAACAUGGAAUAUGAAACAGUUUCUGGCAUGUAAACAGUUUUUAAACAUAUGUCUACAAGUUCUCUUGAGACCUUCCCUCAGAAAUGUAUAACUACUGACUGAGAUAAGUUGCCAUCAGAGUAUCACUAUAACUCACAGGAAUGUGUCAUUGUGAAUGAGGUAUGUAAAUUCAGACAUUACCUGUUUAGAGCACUAGGGGGCAACAGUUGCUCAAAAUGCAAAAAAACAAAAAAAACAAGCAUUUAAAUUGUGUCUAAAUAUUUAGUCUGUGCACGCAAACUAAAAUUAUUAUUCUGAGGGUCACGCUGAUUAUCUUACAAGUAAAUAUUAAGUUGUGUAGUCAGUGUUGUCAGUACAGCUAUUAAAACUUGCUUCUUUUGGGAGAAAUUGGGAAAAUAAAUCAUGACUAAAAUUCUCAAUCCACAUGUUUAUGUAGUUUACUCACUUGAUAAAAUUGAAGCCAACAUUGUGUAUGCCAGCUUUUGCCCUCCAUGCGGGGGGAAUUCCACCCCAAGCCCCAGAUUAGCUGGAAGAUUAUGGCUCUUUUUCAAGCAUAAAC